AUGACUUCACAACUAAGCGGCGACGCCGGCGGCCUCAAGCAUUAUAGUUUUGAAAUGUUUUUGACUUAUAAUUAUCAAGCAUUGUAUAUCAUAGUCUUCCACUUCCUCGGUACUCGUGCUCGUCGAGAUAAAUGUGCCAUUAGAUUGCGUAGGCACAGGCAGGCGCGCAGCUUUGGGCGAGUGACGGCCGGCGCGGUGCGCAACUGGUUCGCUGGUCCAAAACAGAGGCAUUCGCCGCGCCGAAUCAUCCGCACAGAGUUUUAUACUAGCGAGAACACGCGUGGCGUGGGAGUGCGUGUGGCAAUGACCUGCUUCGCCAAGAGACCGAUUAGGUUCUGA